AUGAAUUCCUCUAAGACAAGAUUUGCAAGAUUCUUCUUUCUUGGACAAUCCAUUGCAUCGAUGUUUUUCAUCGUAUACAUGAUGCUACCGAACAUAUCGCUCCCUUCCCAUACACCCAAGUCACAAAUGCUCUCAAGCCGUCCACAUUAUUCAAGGAACCUAUCGCACUUACAUCUAGGUAAACGUAACAGCUCAGUAAGAAAUAAACUAAAAAAAAAACCGCGCGGUCUUGAAGAAGUGGUCUCAAGUAUAUUUUUUCGAGGACGUAAAAAAAAGACCAAUAGAAGUAACAGGGGCACAUUUUCUGAAUAUGGAUCAAAUGAUGCACAACAUAGCAUUCAAAGAGAACAAAAACAAUUAACAGAAAAAGAAAUAAAGGCAUUUAUAAAUUCUUUAGAAUUAUAUCCAGACAUGGCCCACAUUCGUAACAUAUGGUUGCAAGUGUGUAGAAACGAAGUAAAUAAAUUUUAUGAUAUUAUAAAUCACUUCUUUACCUUAUAUGAUGAAAUAAGGUAUAGGUAUAAUGUGAAAAAAGAUACCUUCAGGAAAAAUAUAUGGGAGUAUUUUGACGAAAUGGCAAUAAAGCAACUACAAAACAAAGAAAAUUAUUUUGGAAGACUCAUUAAUGAUCUCAUUAAAGAUAAACCCUUAACGAAAAACGAACUUAAGGUAUUGACUGAACAGUAUAAAAUUGCAUGCACAGAAUUAAGAGAAGAGCUAUUUGGUAUGUGUCAAAUUGAAAUAGCUCAAGUUAUGAUGCAAUUACCUUUGUGGAAGAAUUUUUAG